CAGGUGUAGCGGCAGGGGAGGGGAAAUAGAUACCUUGUUUGGGCGAUCGCCGAUACUGGCGGAAGGUAAAGUUCUUCAUACUGUCUAAGCGGGGUCUGGGAUUUGCUGAUGAUUGGCUUCGGAUUCGGAUCGGAUGGAACUGGUGGGAACUGGACUGGAUCAAUAUCCCGCGUCAGUGAACGCAAUACUCACCGUCUAACGCUUUCGACGUGUGUAUCCCCCUCUACUAUACCCGCACACCAUCAGCAGACUCUACACAGCCCCCAACGGAGCAGCACGCCGCCCGCCGACUUACACCGUAAUUUCACCUUCUGAACCUUGCUUCUGCGUCCCGUGUGCAGCGUCUGCGCCUGCGAAAGCCUGCGUGUC